AUUACACUUAAGACGCAGAAGCACGACUCUUCAGCUCCCUUUUCUUCUCUCUGUUUGUUUUUAUACGAACUUAUAUAUACGAUGAAUUUAUGAUUGUUUCUAAUGAUAAGAUCAGACAUUGAAUGUUGAAAGAUGUGUUUCGGGCAUUUAAUCACCAACCCAAAACCAUCUCCAACACCGAUACUACCUUCUCCUGCUAUUCAUUUCCGAGAUUGUCGCAAGUUUGGAUUCACCUCAAGACGCUCCUCACUACCCAAAUUGCGUUUCAAGUUUGUCGUCCAAGCUCUCGGCGAUAGAUGGAAAUUAACCGAUAUCGAUAGAAAUGCAGUUCAAGAAAGAUUAAACCUAUGGCUUGUAAAGACUCAGAGCUUUUUGAAUGGAGUUGCUUCUCCCAUUGUAAAACCUGGGCAGGUUAGAAAGCCUGAUAUCAAAAAUGCAAUAGAUACUCAAGAAAUUGAAGAAAUCUUUAUGGCAGAGCAAACUAUUGACAGUAGAACACCAAAUGGAAAUCUUUCAUUAGCUGCUAUUGUUUCCAUUGAGCAGUUUAGCAGGAUGAAUGGAUUGACUGGGAGGAAAAUGCAGAAAAUAUUUGAAGCACUUGUUCCCGAAUCUGUACAAAAUGAUGCCCGCAAUUUAGUGGAGUAUUGUUGCUUCAGGUUCCUGUCAAGAGAUAGUUCUGAUAUUCAUCCUUGCUUGAAGGAGCCUGCAUUCCAGAAGCUUCUUUUCUUAACCAUGAUUGCAUGGGAGCAUCCUUACAGUGAAGGUGUUGUUUCACAUGUCAAUACUUCAGGGAGUGCUUCCUUGCAGGGAAAGCUUGUAGGAGAAAAGGCUUUUAUCCGUAUUGCUCCAGCCAUUGCUGGUGUGGCUGAUAGGUCAACGGUACAUAAUCUUUUCAAGGCACUUUCUGGAGGAGAACAGGGGAUCUCUUUAAGCCUGUGGAUCAUGUAUAUUGAAGAACUUCUUAAGGUUCAUGAUGGGCGGAAAUCAUAUCAGGCUCGAGAAGCAUCUCUACUCUCUGAUGAGCAAGUCUUAUGCAUUGGUUCUAGCAGUAAACGACCUGUUCUAAAAUGGGAGAAUAGCAUGGCUUGGCCCGGAAAGCUUACCUUGACAGAUAAAGCACUUUAUUUUGAGGCAGUUGGCCUGAAGAGUCAGAAAGAGGCUAUUAGAUUGGAUCUUACAAGACAUGGUUCGCGGGUAGAGAAAGCAAAAGUUGGACCUUUGGGAUCUGGGCUUUUUGACUCUGCAGUCUCUAUUUCAUCUGGUCCCGAAUCUGAAACCUGGGUGCUGGAGUUUGUUGACUUUGGUGGUGAGAUGAGACGAGAUGUAUGGCAUGCUUUUAUAAGUGAAAUUAUUUCUUUGUAUGAAUUUAUAAGUGAAUAUGGAGCAGGGGAUGAUGAUCAAUCAACAUGUCAUGUAUAUGGCGCUCAGAAAGGGAAUACAAGAGCUACAACUAGUGCUAUUAACAGUAUUGCCAGACUGCAGGCCCUUCAGUUUAUUCGGAAGUUAUCAGAGGAUCCUGCUAAGCUUGUUCAAUUUGCAUACUUGAGAAAUGCACCUUAUGGUGAUGUGGUUUACCAGGCUUUAGCUGUAAACUUUUGGGGUGGGCCAUUGGUUACAAAAUUUGCAGAGGCAGACUAUGUAACUGCUCAAGGAAAAAGACCUUCAGAUGAAGUUUCUGGAAGCAAUAUUCAUGUCUUUGACAUAGAUGGAAGUGUGUUCUUGCGGAAGUGGAUGAGAUCUCAAUCUUGGGCAACUAAUGCAUCAGUUACUUUCUGGAAAAACUCUUCAGUAAGACAAGGCCUGAUUUUGAGUAAAAAUCUUGUUGUGUCUGAUUCAUGUCUUGUAGAAAGGGCAGCAGUAAUUUGCAAAGAGAAAAGUAAGGUAAUUGAGAAAACACAAGCAACAAUAGAUGCCGCAACACUCAAAGGGAUCCCUAGCAACAUUGACCUUUUCAAGGAACUUAUGCUUCCAUUGGCGGUUGUUGCCAGCAAUUUUCAAAAGCUUAGACGUUGGGAAGAGCCACAUUUGACAGUGUCCUUUCUUGCGCUUGCCUAUACCAUAAUCUUUAGAAACUUGCUGUCAUAUGCAUUACCAGUGGCAUUGAUAAUUCUAGCAGCUGUCAUGCUAUUAUUAAAGGGGCUUAAAGAGCAAGGUCGUCUUGGAAGAUCUUUUGGGAAAGUUACAAUUCACGAUCAGCCACCUUCAAACACUAUUCAAAAGAUCAUAGCCGUAAAAGAAGCCAUGCUUGACUUGGAAAAUUACCUCCAGAAUCUGAAUGUUGCUCUUCUAAAAAUCCGUACAAUUGUUCUAUCAGGUCAACCCCAGACAACAACUGAGGUUUCUCUGGUGCUAUUAUCUGCUGCAAUUAUUCUCCUAGUCAUCCCUUUCCGCUAUAUCCUUGCAUUUUUACUUCUUGAUUUGUUCACACGGGAGCUUGAGUUCCGUAAAGAAAUGGUAACGAGGUUCAUGAGCUUCUUGAAGGAACGUUGGGAUACUAUACCUGCAGCCCCUGUGGUUGUAUUACCAUUUGAGAGUGGUAAAGUUGGCUCUGUUAAUUCAAGUAAGUCACUUAAACACAAAGGGCAAUCAGAUAGAGUAAACAGCACUGAAAAAUCCAGACAAACUUAAUUGUAUGAUAUUUUUAUGUAUCAUAUGCAUUGUUUUAUAGUAAUGAAAAGCAUUGUUUCCAGUUUUCUGGCUAUA